UAUAAAGAGAGAGGCCAAAAUACUUAAAAGUUUUUUUUAAUAAAAAAUAAUUUAAUGCUGAUACUCUAUUAUUUAUUAAACUCGUACGAUGUUAAAUCUUGAGUUCGUUAAUAAUAAUAUGCCUCAUGGACAAGAUUUUGAAAAAAAGAAGAAACAAGAACGGAAGAAAUCAAUACUUUACUUGAUAGAAAACUUUUUGAGGAUAGAAGGAUACAUUGACUGUGCAUCUAAAUUAAUUGAAGAAGCUCGUCUUGAUACCUCACAAUACACAGUCUGUGAUAAUAUAGACUUGGAUACCAUACUUUUAGAAUAUGAAAACUACUAUUAUGUGCGUUUUCAAAAAAAACCAAAAAUUAGUAAGCUGUUAACAGGUUCAAAUAGUGAGAUCAAUACAAAUAAAAAAAAUAAAACAAAACUUACAAAAAAAAUACAAAAAAAUGUUCAAGAUGUUCCUAAGUCAUUAGACAACUCCGCUUCUAUCACAGUAACUCCUAUGAUGAAUGAAAAAAAUCUGGAAUUUAGUACAUAUGACUUUCCCGUAUUAGAUCUAAGUCAUUGGAAAAAUGAUUGGUUUUCAUAUGCAGAAAUCAUAUCAAAAGAAAUUCUUGCUAAUAAUCCUGGAGUUAACUGGUUUGAUAUUAAAGGACUGUCAACAGCUAAACAGUUAUUACAAGAAGCUGUAUUACUACCUAACAAAUAUCCUGAUUUAUUUACUGGUCUAUGUACUCCUUGGAAAGCUAUGCUUCUGUAUGGUCCACCGGGUACAGGUAAAACAUUACUAGCUAAAGCGGUUGCAUCUGAAUGCAACACUACAUUUUUUAAUGUCUCUCCCAGUACACUAAUUGCUAAGUGGAGAGGAGAUUCCGAAAAACUUAUUAAAGUUAUGUUCGAGAUGGCAGAGCAAAUGGCUCCUAGUACCAUUUUUAUUGACGAACUGGAUGCCAUCACAUCCAAGCGAAUUGAUCACGAAGCUUCUCGUAGAAUAACUUCACAAUUGUUGAUGCACAUGGACGGCCUUUUAAGUAGCGAUAAAAGAAUAUUUAUAUUAGCAACUUCAAACCAUCCAUGGGAUUUGGAUUCAGCCAUAUUUCGAAGAUUUGAAAAACGAAUGUUCAUAGAUUUACCAGAUGCAUUUGCAAGAUAUGAAAUGUUUCAACAUUAUUUGAUAGAAAAAUUGAAAAAAAACAAACACAUUCGUUGCCAAAUCGACUGUGAUAGUUUGGCGCAGAGCACAAAUGGUUACUCUGGAUCGGACAUUAAACUAGUAUGCAAAGAAACGGCAAUGCAAGCAAUGCGGUUAAUAUUAAGCAGCAUGGAUGUCAAUUUAAAGAAUACAAAUUGUUUAACAAUAACAACUGAUGAUGUACUUGAAGCUAUCAAAAAAACAAGACCAACGACUAAAAAGACUGACAACAAUAAAUAUCAUUAUUGGGAAUCUGAAUAUGAAUCUACAUAAAAUGUCAAUGUAAUCCAGAUUUUAGUAUGUUAUUUAUGGAUUUAAUGACUGUAAUUAGCAUUAUAUAACAAUAAAUUUAUUAUAAAUACAUUUUUUUUUAAUUACCUAAAAAUUGUUAAGUUUAAUAAUAAAAUCUUGUA